AUGAUGCCUCGUCCAUGGUAUCAACCAGGCUGGCGACUGCGUCUACCCUUCAGAGGAGGCAGCUGUCACUGUGAUACCUCCAAAUGUAACUGUUGUUCCGGUAUGCGCGUUCCUAAGUUCGGCUUCAAUAAAGAAACGGCCAAUCCCCCACCAGUUUGCAUACCUAUUCCGAUACCAUCAGUGCCUAUCCCUCUUCUCGACAUGUGUAUCCGAUUGUUUGACGUUACUCUUAAUUGGAACAAGAUGCAUGUCUGCAUGGACUGGGAUACAAGAAUUGAUAAAGCGCCAGUGGUGAUCUUACAUUUCGACUGCAUGGAUUUGGGAACUGGUGGAAUAAGCUUCUCAAAGCCUGGUAGUUCUGGUCAAUCUCCUUCUGUAGUCGACAACCAAUCAGAACCGCCUCAAAUUAAUGCUGACGUUUAUGAUCCAGUUACAGAAGUUGAAGUGACAUCCACAAAGUCUCCAAUAUUUAACAAUAUCUACCCUCAAAAUCAAUGGACAAUGGAUUCUUCGGGGGCCACUACAGAAGUUAUCUAUAACUGGGUUGAUAUAACUCAAGACUUUUUUAAACACAUUCAAGACCUUAAAAUAGGAGAGUUGUUACAUGAUGGUCAUCUGUUUGGUCUGUUUGAGGCCAUGUCAGCUAUUGAGAUGAUGGAUCCAAAAAUGGAUGCUGGGAUGCUCUGCAACCGUGGAAACCCUAAGCCUUUGAAUUUUCAACAAGCAGUUGACGCUGGAAAAUUAAAAAUAGAUGAUUUGGAACCUGCAGAGUUGAUAGGUAUCAUAGAUGCCACAAUGGCUUGUAUAGUAUCCUGGCUCGAGGGGCAUUCACUUGCCCAGACAGUAUUCACAAACUUAUAUCUCCAUCAACCACACUCCAUCAUUAAUAAAACAUUGAAAGCAUAUUGUAUUGCUGUAUAUAAACUUUUGGAUUGUAUCAGGGAUUGUGUUAACAAGGCCCAAGUGUUUGAAGAAGAAGAUUUCCAACCUAUGGGCUAUGGGUAUCGUCUUGGUUCAAACCCACAGGGAGGUGAGACUUAUGAUGCAAGCCAUAAAGUCAGUGAACAAAAGUGUAUUGCAAUGCUCCGAGAACAAGGAGAGGAACUUAUUAAGAAGGCUAGAAGUACAGAGGAAGAGGAUAAAGACAAUUUGUGGAUUGCACUUGCAGCGCGUAUACGUUUCACUAGAAUGUACUAUCAAGCAAUUCUAUUGAUUACAAAAAAAGACUCGCAGUCGGGAGCCGAUUGCGUCGCUUUACUGAAUGGCUGCUCUGACAUGAUGAAGGUUAUUAUAAGAACUUCGGGGAAAGGAACACAACCAGUAGAAAACUCUGACUCCCCGAAUCCAAUGGGGUUUGAACCGAUGAUAAACCAACGGUUACUCCCGCCAACCUUUCCGCGGUACACUCGCAUCAAGCCCCGGCCCGAGGCGCUGCAGUACUUCGACGAGCAAGUUGCCAGGCUAAGACACGCCUGGAAGAUCACAUCCUGCGCCAGUUUUCAUACCGCUCUGGAUUUCUUUAUGGAGUUCAGUCGUCAGCGUGCAUGUAUACUGUCGAGAUCUGCUCUCCAAUUGCUGUACCUCAGUCCGUCGCCAGCGACGACCGCGUCGAUGGCGCAGAGUGCGAUGAACACCCCUCCCGGGCAGCCGCGACCGCAGCACGCCUUCGUUGAAAUACUCCGGGAGUCGGUCAAAAAUUUUGUCAAUCCACCCGCCUUGACCCCUAAGUCACCUAUGAUCUCUACACCGCAAGCGCGUGAGUUCGUUGAGAACUUCCUAGCACGUUGCGUGCGUCCCUUUGCAGUACUGCUGCAGGUGUGCGGACACAACCGCGCCCGGCAACGAGACAAGCUCGCACUGUUGUUGGAUGAAUUUGCUGCUCUCCAGGAAGAGGCGGAGAGUGUGGACGCGGUAGUGAGUGGCGCGGCGGGAACUGGUCCAAGGGCUUGCUUCGGCACUUGGGUGUUAUACCACGUGCUGAGGAUCAUGAUCGCGUACCUACUGUCGGGGCUAGAACUGGAACUCUACAGUGUCCACGAGUAUCAUUAUAUAUUUUGGUAUUUAUACGAAUUCUUGUACGGCUGGUUAGUAUCAGCACUGGGUAGAGCCGAGAGCUUAGCGAAUGACGCGACACGACGAGACAGUCGCGACUCUCGGAAACGCAAGCCCAAGAAGCGAGUGCGACCCUACGCUAGAGAAGGGCUGCUGUGUCAGGUUAUGCAGAACCUGUGCGGGGGAUACUAUAAGGCGCUGGUGGCGUUCAAGCUGCAGGGCAAGAUCCGUCAGCCGGGCGCGGAGUUCGACAGCGAGGCGGUGCGCUACAAGCACCGCUUCGCGCCGCUCGCCGUGCUGACGCCGCCGCAGGUGCACUACCACGAGUUCUGCGAGAUGACUCAGCCUCUACAAUAUGAAAAUCCCGUUAUACUGUACCUCGGUGGAUGUAAACACUUCCAACAGGCUCGGUCUCUACUCGAAACAGUAACCACACCCGAUCAGGAAAUACAAGAUCUUCUGAAGGUAGCCAAAACGAAUUUCAUAGUAUUAAAGUUAUUAGCCGGAGGACACAAACGAGACUCGACGACGCCCCCAGAAUUUGACUUUUCAGUACAUAGACAUUUUCCUAUUAUUAAAUUAGUUUAG